AUUCAAUCAAAACAAAGUAAAAGUUCAUGUUAGUUAUAUUUGCGCAAUAAACCAUUAAUAAAGCUGAUAAUAAUGGUUAAAUUUUCACUAGAAGACAGCGACCCUUAUUACUUAACGUUAUCGGAACAUCCAAAAAGAUUUGACGCUGAUAGUCCUGUUACGAACGUAUUUUUCGACGAUACCAAUGGACAAGUAUUUACGGUCCGAUCCGGUGGAGUUACUGGGGUCACCGUCAAUAGCAUGGACGAAACAAAAUGCACUUCGUUUCGCAUGGAGGAUAAAGGCCCAAUUAUUUCGAUAAAAUUAUCAUUGGACCAAAAAGUAUUAGCAAUACAACGUAAUAAUGAAGGUCAGAGUGCGACUGUGGAGUUUGUAAACUUUAAAGAUUUAAGUCCGACAAAUGUGGAAUACUCACAUACAUGCAAGUGGAAAAAUUCUAAAAUAUUAGGAUUUGUUUGGCCUAAAGCAAAUGAAAUUGCAUUUAUAACUGACCAUGGCAUAGAGCUAUUACAAGUUCUGCCUGAAAAGAAACAACUUAAAACACUAAAGAGUGUUUCGUUCAGUGGUGCUUGGUUCUCAUGGUGUGCACGGAGUAAUAUAGUAGUACUGGCGGGCAACAAUGGAGCUUUGCUGCAACCCUUUUACUUCAACAACUCUACCAUCAUCAAGUUACAGAAGUUGGAAUUGGAGACAUCGCGGCCGGUGGUGGAGCGUGACGUGUGCAUGGUACUGGUGGCUGAUGUGACAUGGUGUGCUAUCUUCCGGCACGCACUCACAACAAUCGCAGCGCCCGGGCCAACCGAGAUAUGGCUAAUGCCAUUGUCAGGUUCAGGUGUGAAUUACACGCACAUACUGAAGACUGGACUCAUGGGGAGAUUUGCCCUCAGUGUGGUGGAUGACCUGGUUGCUGUUCAUCAUCAGUCAAGUCAAACAUCCCAAUUGUUUGACAUAAUGGAGGAGUGCAAGGUGGAGAACAACACAGUGGUACACCUGCCGCUGGUGCCCGCACACUCCAUUAGGCCAGCCGUGGUGGAUGAACAGCCCUGUCCUAUGUACUCGGGCAACUGGGUGAUGUUCCAGCCAGACUAUGUGAUAGACGCACGCCGCGGUUGUCUGUGGCGUCUGCGUCUUACACCUGCGGCACUCGUCCACAAUAUCGAGAAGGAUGACAUAGGUAAGAUAGUGUCAUGCCUGCUGCGGCGACGUGGCGGUGCUGACGUGGUGCAUCACUUGCUGGCUCAGCUCGUCGCCAGUGCGCAGCUCUACCUGCUACAACUUACACACGCUUUUGAUCAAAUUAACUCUGUGUACAGACAGUGGGCGGAGGCGGAGCUGGCGCGCAGCACUGCGGGGGGCGGUGUGGGGGGUGUGCGCGCGUGGGGGGGAGCUGCGCUUGCACAACACGAGGUGUGCGCGCGAGUGCUGCAACCGCACGCAGACAAUCCCUACAUUGUGCAGGUGCUGACGUCGUACGUGGCGUCUUUGUGUCGACACGGACUGUCUGUGUCUGCGGGCACGUGCUCGCUGUGUGUGCGCGCGCUCGCGUGCGGCGGGGGAGGGGGAGGGGGAGGGGGGCGGCUGCGGGCGCUGCUGCGACGAGGUGCGCUGAGUGACUCCCGGCCACUGGCAUGCCAGCUGCUGUCACUGGCGCGGCUGCACCCCGCCGCCACGCAGCUGGCGCUCGACAUGAUGUACCGUCUGCGAGCUAAGGAGGAGAUAGUGGAAGUCCUGCUGAGUUGCGAGGAGCCGGUGAGCGCGGUGGGCGCAGCUCGCCAGCUGGACCCCGCCGGCUGGCUGGGCCUAGCGCCGCGCAAGUUGCUGGCCGCCGCCCACGCCCACGCCGUCCAGCGCGCCCAGCCCCACGCCUUCGUCGCCGUCUACCACGCCCUGCAGGCGCGCAACGACAAGCUCAGGGGCUCACCGCACUUCCUCAAAGGUGAGCAGUGUGAGAGUUACGUAGAAUACUAUGAGAAGGUGACAGCGGAGAGAUGAAUCCUGCAGACAGGAUAACCGACUCUGUGAUCCCACAGUAUUGCCAGACAGAACAGACGCUAGCUGUUGUUUU